AUGUCGCAGACCCCCGUAUUCGUUAUGAAUACCGCGCCCGAACGCCAGUCGGGUCGCAAAGCACAGAUAUCGAAUAUCACCGCGGCCAAGACGGUAGCCGACGUGAUCAGGACGUGUCUGGGGCCCAAAGCGAUGCUCAAAAUGAUCCUCGACCCGAUGGGAGGUAUUCUACUGACAAAUGACGGUAACGCUAUCCUUCGCGAGAUUGACGUCGCGCACCCGGCUGCGAAGAACAUGCUCGAGCUGAGUCGGACGCAGGAUGAGGAAUGUGGCGACGGUACCACGAGUGUGAUCAUCCUCGCCGGAGAAAUUCUCGCGCACUCGCUUUCACUCCUGACGCGCGAUAUUCACCCAGUCGUCAUCAUCUCCGCCUAUUCCUCCGCCCUCUCCUCCGCCCUCAGCACAAUCAAAUCCAUCUCAAUCCCCAUCUCCACCUCCUCCGACACCGAGAUGCUCUCCCUGAUCAAAACCUCCAUCGGCACCAAAUUCGUCAAGCGAUGGAGCGACCUCAUGUGCCAGCUCGCGCUCCGAGCGGUGCGCACCGUGACUCUCACCGAGGGGCCCAACACCAUCGUCGACAUCAAGCGCUACGCGCGCGUGGAGAAGAUCCCGGGCGGCGAGAUCGAGGACUCGCGCGUGCUUAAUGGCGUGCUGCUCAACAAGGACGUCACGCACCCGCACAUGCGGCGGCACAUUGUGAACCCAAGGAUCAUUCUCCUUGAUUGUCCGCUUGAGUAUAAGAAGGGAGAGUCGCAGACGAAUAUGGAGUUUUCGAAGGAGGGAGAUUGGGCACGUGCGCAGGAGAUUGAAGAGGAGCAGGUUAAGAGGUUGUGUGAACGCUUGAUUGAGCUCAAGCCGGAUUUGGUGAUCACGGAGAAGGGUGUUUCGGACCUCGCGCAGCAUGUGUUUGUGCAAAAUAACGUUACUGCCCUUCGCCGCGUGCGCAAGUCGGACAAUAACCGUAUCGCCCUCGCUGUCGGCGCCACCAUCGUCAACCGCAUCGAGGACAUCAGGGAGAGCGACGUCGGCGAAGGAUGCGGAUUGUUCAAAAUCGAAAAGAUCGGCGACGAGUACUUCACAUUCCUCACGGAAUGCCGCUCGCCAAAAGCAUGCACUGUCCUCCUGCGCGGACCCUCGAAAGACAUUCUCAACGAAAUCGACAGGAACCUGGCAGACGCCAUGUCCGUCGCUCGUAACGCUGUCCUCAACCCGAUUCUGUGCCCUGGAGGCGGGGCAACGGAGAUGGCGGUCAGCGCUGAGCUGCAUAAGCGCGCGAAGAGCGUGGGCGGGACGGGCAAGGGCCAGGAGGCGGCGGCGUUCCGCGCGGUGGCGGAGGCGCUGGAGGUUAUCCCGCGCGUGUUGAUUCAGAAUGCGGGUGGCAAUGUUGUGAGGGCGUUGACGGAGCUUAGGGCUAAACAUGCGAACGGCGAACAUUCGUGGGGCGUCAACGGCGAUACAGGCAAGAUCGUUGAUAUGAAGGAAUACGGGCUAUACGAGUCCGCCAGCGUCAAGAUCCAAACCCUCAAAACUGCCAUCGAGGCCGCACGCAUGCUGCUCCGCGUCGACGACGUCGUCCAAGCCGUACGCAAAGACCAGGAAGGUGGAGGCGCAGGUGCCGGUGGAGGAGGUGCCGUUCCAGAGGAGAUGAUGGAGGCGCAGUAA